AUGGCCAGACAAAACUUUGUGGGGUUGGUCGUCUCCCAAGGUCGAAUGAAUAAAACAGUGAAAGUACGAGUUCAAGGUAAAAUAUAUGAUAGAAGAAUAGAUAAGGAAAUUAUACGAAGAAAAGAUUUCUUAUGUCAUGAUGAAGGAAAUAUAUGUAAAGAAGGAGAUAUAGUUAGAAUAGAAAGUAUACCCAAGAUUUCAAAAUUAAAAGCAUUUGCAAUAGCAGAAAUUAAAAUUAAUAAAGGUCAACAAUUUGAACAAUAUGAAUCAUUAGCUAAACAAAGAAUACAAGAAGAAGAUUUAAAAGAAAUUGAAUUUUUUAAACAAAAUAAAGAUAAAUUUUCAAAAAUUGUUACAAAGUUAGAAGAUUUGAAAAAAAUAGAUGAAUUAAAUUAUAAAAUAACGAAUUUGGAAAAUUUAGAAAAUUCAUCCACUUCAAAUGAAGAUUCAAUAAUUGUAGAAAUAAAUAAAAUAAAAUCAAAAUAUAAUAUAAAAUCAUAUCCAUCAACUGAACCACUAAUAGAUUUAGAUUUAAAUUCGCCCAUUUAUAAAUCAGAAUUAGAAAAAAGAGUUUAUCAUAUGGAUUAUAUAUUAAAUGAAUUAUUAAAUAAUUCAAAAUAUGAAGAAUUUAAAAAUAGAAUACUUUUAAAAAAAUUUAAAGAUAGAUCUUUAGAUUCAAUUCAAAAAAGUAUUUUGAAAAAUGUUUUAAGAAAGUAUGUUAUUAAUGAAGAAAAUGAAUUACCUUUUGCAUUGUAA